AUGGCCCCAACCAUGAAAAGGCACAAACAGAACAAUGGCGGCGAGGCUCCUCAACAUAAAAGGCCCAGAACAGACAACAGUAGUUCGGUCGCGUCACCUGAGGCUGGUACUACCAUUGGGACCUCUUUUCCUACUUCUGAGAAGAAGAUCGACUCCAACGGCGACUUCUACUGGAACAUUUCGCGUUUCCGCCGUCUUACGGUUUCCUCCUUUAAGGGCCGUACCAUGGUCAGCGUGAGAGAGUACUAUGAAAAAGAUGGACAAGAACUUCCAGGCAAAAAGGGGAUAUCAAUGCCAUUAGAGCAGUUUAAUGCCAUGGUCCAGUUACUGCCCAAUGUCGAAGCAGUGAUCAAAGAGAAAGGUGGAUCUUUAGAUAGACCAAAUUAUAUUGAUGGUGAAGGCAAGGAGAUCGCGAAGAACGACCCAGUCCAAGAGGACUCGGGCUCAGAGUCUGAUGAAUCUGAAGAUAAUUAGGUUGAAUUUUUCUUUCAUUUCACGAUCAUGCGCUCGUC